GCGAUUUUGUUUAUUUACAGAACUAGAUAUUUGACUUUCCACAAAGCUGGGGUUCGGAAAUCUGUGGCCACCCUCUUUAUUGGGACCAACCAGGGUCCUUCUCAUAGUGGGACCCACAUCUUCAAGUCAAAGCAUUGGACUUGAAUGUUCUACCUCCUUACAGUCACCACUCUAAAAUUCUCUUUGGGAGGAGAUAAAAGGGUAAGGCCAGGCUACCGAUAUCCUCUUUUCAAUUUUCUCGUGCAUAUAUCAUGUAUUUUGUUUAAGGAGGCAAAUAAACCAAAAGUAAAUAAAGGGGACCUUGCGCUAAUGCACGUAACCGAACGGGGUUCCUGCUCAGCCGCCAUCAGGCGCAGGGGUCCAAAAAUAGGGUCUGGUGAGCCAACUUCAACACCACCCAGCAUCAUCUUCACCCCACAGCCCUCCCAGCCCUGCGCUAUUACGAAGAUCACUCAGCUCGCUAGAAGAGGCUCUUGUCCUCAAGAAAAGAGUUUGACUAGCUUCUCUUCCUUCAACACAACCUCAAUACCCAACGCUCGUUCAACAAUCUUUCUCUCCCUCCUGUUUCACAUAAUCCAGCUUCCAACAUCGCAACCUACCACGACAACCUCGUAGGAACCACAAUCGCUGUAUCACAGCAUCACUUUCGUUCAUUAUGGCAGCGAACGACUAUUACAACCCUUCGUCACGGCAUCAAACCCCUCAGCCGUACAAUAAUGCCUACCAGUCCUACAAUCCUCAAUCUCCAGAAUCACAACCAGCUGCUCCGCCAUCAGUAGCGCCUUCAUAUCAUACGACGCAAGCUCCCACAAGACCUCACGACAUCACAUCACCAGUCUCCCCUUUCGAGGCACCUUUCGACGACCACGUGUAUCCGGCACCACCAGGAUCAAACCGCUUCGACAGUCAAAGUACGCUGGGGCAAGAUACACGAUAUUAUGGACAAGGAGGAGGCGGAAGACUGGAAGCUUCGAAUUCAUAUCAGGAUAAUAUACCACUGAAAGAUCAUCCUGGGCUACCUGUAAAGGACAAUCAGUCCACGGACCACGUCUACGAUGCACCUGUUGCGCCAGCACAUCUGGAAGAGGGGCUGCGCAAGAAGAACAGGAUUAGCGGAAUGUUCAAGAAUAGGAAAAGUAGAAUACCCUGGGUCACGUAUAUCCUUACGGCAGUACAAAUCGGCGUGUUCAUUGGGGAAAUUGCAAAGAAUGGCAUUUUGACUGGAUCUCCAAUCGAAAUCAAGCCCAACUUCAAUCCUAUGAUCGGCCCUUCGCCUUACGUCCUCAUCAAUAUGGGAGCUCGUUUUGUUCCUUGCAUGCAUUCCGUGGAUGGUGUCCAGAACCGAGAUACCGGUGGACCAAUCUCAUGGCCUUGUCCAGAUACGACUUCCAAUGACAAUCAGAACUGUACCCUUGCCCAACUCUGCGGAUUCAAUAUGCCUGAAAAGCAGAAUCCAGUCUUCCCAGGAAACAAGACCGAGCCGCUCAAUGAAUUUGAGAAUCAGCCUAAUCAGUGGUUCCGUUUCAUUGUCCCGAUCUUCCUACACGCCGGACUUAUCCACAUUAGCUUCAAUAUGCUCCUCCAAAUGACUUUAGGAAAGGAGAUGGAGAUAGCUAUUGGACCGAUUAGAUACUUCCUAGUCUAUUUCUCAGCAGGUAUAUUCGGCUUCGUGCUUGGAGGAAACUUUGCCGCGACUGGCAUCGCCUCAACAGGAGCAUCAGGCGCACUCUUCGGCGUCAUCGCUCUCAACCUCCUGGAUCUGUUCUAUACCUGGGGUGACCGAACAUCGCCAUGGAAGGACCUCGGCUUCAUCAUGCUCGACAUUGUAAUUUCCUUCGGGCUUGGUCUCCUUCCUGGUCUAGACAACUUUUCCCAUAUUGGUGGCUUCUUCAUGGGCCUCGUCCUCGGAAUCUGUAUCCUGCAUUCGCCCAAUGCACUUCGCAAGCGUACUGGUGAAGACGAGCCCCCCUACGCACCAGUAGUGCGUGGGAAUGGCGAUAAAUCAAACGCUGGGAUCACCGGUUUUGCGAAGAACCCUGUGGGGUUCUUUAAAGGUCGUAAGCCGCUUUGGUGGGCUUGGUGGUUGGUUAGAGCGGGCAGUUUAGUGUUUGUGCUGGUGGUGUUUAUUCUUCUGAUGAGGAAUUUCUACCAGGACCGAAUGACUUGCAGUUGGUGCAAGUACUUGAGUUGUAUUAACUACAAGAACUGGUGCGAGAUCGGGAACCUGAAUCUCACCACCGUUGACGACACAGGCACUUCAAAUAAGCGCGACCUGUUUAAUAGCUUUGCGGGAAUGGCUAAUCUUGAGCCAUUCUUGUAAGCUUGAGGUUGGGUUAGAGACGCUUCACUUUUCAUUCGUUGCAUAUAGGUACUUGAAGCUCGGAACAGUGGCGUAUUUUUGCUGGUAUGGGCAUAUCUAGCGGCCAGGGGUUGUGAUCAGAAGCGAUAGUCUAGGAACGAAUCUGCUUGCGGUAGACAAGUUGAGUAGAUGUGAGGGCAUACCGGGGAUCGGAAAGGAAAGGAUGGAAAGUUUAUGACUACGGUUUGAAAUUGGCAUAGCGAUGGAGUUCUUUCCCUUUUCCUUUGUUUACAAAAGCUCAGCCUGGGAUGAAUGACAGGAUCUGCUGGUUGGCCUUCAUGAGAGCCAGGGGAGGGGGCAAUAUCAGGAGUAGCAGUAAGAAUAUCUUCUUACUAAGAUAGGCAGACAGACAUGUGUCAAAAACAAAUGUAAUACUGCUUGUACUCUACAGACGUUAUCUUGAUUCCUACCCCUCUACCACAGAGCACCUGUCCACAUUUGGCUCUGCAGAAGCGAGCUUCAUUCUACCGAGCUCCCUCCAGCUGCUCGGAGAAGCUCUUCAUGUUUUUUUUUUUCAGUACAGUAUUUCAGUCAAGUCAAGUCAAGUACUCUAACGCCAAUUGAGUACAUUACAUUCGGUUAUUUUAUUAUCUGACACUUGCGGAAAAAUAUCCUCCCAACACUGCUUAUAAGCGGAAUAGACGGAUAUUUUCUCUUCCUGUCCCUUCAUAUAAAAAUAUAAAUAGAUAGAUAGAUAGAUAGAUAGAUGGAACCUCCUCACUCACUCUUAUCAUAUUCCCUAUCACGUCGUAUCAUUUCCACUCGGCACUUAAAAAAAUGAAGUGACUGUUAGAGCUGGGCUGAGACACAAAAGACAUGCACCGGGAGGCACAGCAGGUACAGCACAGCACAGCAAGGCUGCAUUGCAUGCAGCUCGGUUAUCGCCGCCCGCCAGUUGACAACAAAUCCAAAAAAAAUAAACAUGAAUAUAACGACCGUAUUAAGAAUUGAUGCUGUGGGAUAGAGAUAGGGGGUUUCUUCAAAUGUGGGGGAGGGAGGCUGGGAGGAAGGGCUGGUUGGAUGGAUGGAUGUCUAGAUUUGUAUGAUGGUUUGAUGGUUUGAGGCGGUUUUUUAUGGUGUU